CAGCUGAUGUAUGAAAUAGCGGAAAACUCGAUUAUUAGCAGCGUGGUCGUCUUAGAGAGUAGAGGUUCGAUGUGCGCUUAUGUGUGUGUUUUGGCGUUAGCGUAGUGACUUUAUCGGCUUCGAGUGUACCUGAGUUCGAAUUUCCGAAAUGGACCCCAUCAGUGCCAGUUGUUUUAGUCUACAUGCCGAAGAAAACGCUAAAGCAAUAAUCGAAGAGAAAAAACGGGACGAGAAGUUCCACGAGAUUAUAGUGAGUUGUCGGUCUCUCAGUCGGUAUGAGGGGAGGACGAUCAAGACGCUGCUGCCUCAAAUUUUCGCGACUGUGGUGUCAGCGUCGUUUCAUAUAGUGGUGGGGAUAGCGUUGGCAUUCUCUGGGAUUUUGCUGCCGCAGUUGGAUGAAGAGGAGUUUCCGAUUACCCCGGCGCAACGACCAUGGAUUGCGAGUGUGAUAGUGUUGGCUGUGCCGAUCGGUGCCAUAACCGGUGGGUUUGUGAUGGACAGUAUAGGAAGACUGAAUACGGUUAAGUUGGCAGCGAUUCCUGGGGUGCUGGGGUGGACGUUGAUCGCCAUGGCUACCAACUUUCACAUGUUGGUGAUUGGGCGGCUGCUUACAGGGUUGGCGUCAGCUUUGGGGACCAGUCCGGCUAUUGUGUACCUAACAGAAAUAGCUAGGGCGGACAUGAGAGGCUCCUUGAUCUCCUUCGCCCCGGCGUAUGCCUCCCUGGGCAUGGUUCUCACAUUCCUCAAGGGCUGGUUCUUCAAUUGGCGCGUGGUGGCCUGGACAUGCCUCGGCUACACCGUCAUGCCCUGCAUUCUCAUAAUGUUCAUUCCCGAAAGUCCCGCCUGGCUGGUGUCCAAAGGGCGCGUCGAGCAAGCCAGUAAAGCCCUAGCGUGGAUCAACAAGUACCAACCCCAGCCAGAAAACAAACCACACACACUGGCCGAAAUGCAACUGGCCCAACUCCAGAGAGAGCACCAGAAGAAACUGGAAGCCUCUAUUUUGCACGGUCAGGGGGCCAUCUAUAAAGCCAAAGCGUUCCUUAAACCCACAGGCUACAAGCCCUUGUUGAUCCUGAUUGGGUUGUUUUUGUGCCAGCAGUUUUCGGGGAUUUAUAUCACGUUGUUUCACUCGGUGGAGUUUUUUCAGGCAGUCGGCAGCCCCGUCAACCCCUACCUCGCCUCGGUCCUCAUCAGCGCCGUCCGUCUCUUCAUGUCCAUCGUGGACACCUACCUCCUCCGCACCUUCCGUCGCCGCCCCCUCAUCAUGUCCAGCGGCCUCUGCAUGGCCGCCAGCAUGCUCCUCUCCGGCCUGUUCACCCUCUGGAUCCAAAACGGCACCACCGACGAAAAAUGGGUCCCCGUGGCGCUGCUCCUGCUCUACGUCAUCGCGUGCAUGAUCGGCCUCCUGCCCAUCCCCUGGACCAUGACCGCCGAACUGUUCCCCAUCGAAAUCCGGGGCGUGGCCCACAGCAUCGCCUACAGCAUGGCCAACAUCCUCAUGUUCGCGGCGGUCCAGAGCUACGAGAGCCUCAUGGACGCGUUCCACGGGGCCUCCGGGGUCCAGUUUUUCUUCGCCGUGGUUUCCAUAGUCGGCAUGAUGUACACGUUCGUGUUCGUGCCGGAAACGCACGGGAAGAAACUGACCGAGAUCGAGGACUAUUUCAACCACAACUUGAUCUACUUGGGGCAGGGGAAGAAAAAGAAGGUUGAGGGGAAGGAGGUGAGGAGCGACCGGGAGGCGGAGAAACUUAUGAGUGUCUGAUUGUCUCGAAUAGUAUUGACAGAGCUAUUAUUUAUUGAAAAGUGUUGAUAUUUUUUAUACUGUUUUUAUAUUGAGCUGUGCUAAGGCCUGGGGUUGGACUCGGGUUGCGAAAUCAGUAUACCUUGAAUAUUAGCUACUUAUAUACUUAGUAGGUACUUACAUGAAUCUUGUGAUAUUGUAUGACAAGUAUUAUAAUAAAUAGUUAAUUAGAUCAG